CCUUUUCGAAGCAAAGCGGAAGUGAAACUCUAAUAAAAACCGUCCCUUGGUUUUGUUGAGGACCUUCUUUUCCUAAUUUUGCGCUAUUCCUUCAUUCCCUUUGAUCAUCCUGCGUCUCUCGCCGGAGAUGUUGUUGACGCCGGCUUCCCAAACUGCCUUUCUUACUACAAGAAUCUCCAGGUACAGAGCUUACUGAACGGACAAAAAGGGCAAAGAUCUGUUUCAUACUGGGAAGUGAAGUUGUAUUCAGUUUUUUUUUUCUUUUUUUCUCUUCCGAUGGACGGCCAGAAAAAUCAGGCGAAACUUACGAGAACACAAUCUUCGCUUCUUCGUUCAUCCCCGACUCUCCGUUCCAUUCAGAGUUUGUCUUCGGUCACUGAGGAGGAUGUAACUGAAACCGAAAGUGAAGACCGGAAUCGGAAGAACAAGAAGCUUCGUCGGAGCCGGUCGUCGGCGAGGAAUUGGUCGAUGUGUUUUGCUAAUCCUGUUUUGGGUUUGCUUCUUUGUUUCACUCUCUUCUCCAUUUCUUGCUUCUUUUUCUUCUCUUAUGCACGGAAGGAAGAGAUUGCGACUUCGGAGAACCUUCUACUGGCAUUGGUCUUCGUUGCGAUUGCGCUCUUCUUCGCCAACAAAAACAAGGUUUUAAUCCAGCAGACGGUUUCGAUUUUGAAACAUUCAUGGGAUGAAAAUGCGAGACGGUUUGGGUUUACGAGUACUAAUGCGAAGCCAGUGAAGUGGUUUAUUGGUAAUCCUAACCCCAAUUUUGAAGCCAAGAAGAAGAGACAAAUAAUCAGAGAAGGGGUUGAGUUCUACAGCAAUGGGGAUUUCUACGAAGGAGAGUUUCAUAAAGGGAAGAGUAAUGGAAGUGGGGUUUACAAUUACUUUGCGAAUGGAAGGUAUGAAGGGGAUUGGAUCGACGGGUGGUACGAUGGGUAUGGAAUUGAGAGCUGGGCGAGAGGAAGCCGAUACAGAGGCCAAUACAGGCAGGGAUUGAGGCAUGGAUUUGGGGUUUAUAGGUUCUAUACAGGUGAUUCUUAUGCAGGAGAAUGGUAUAAUGGACAGAGCCAUGGGAUUGGCAUUCAAACAUGCUCUGAUGGCAGUUGUUAUGUGGGCGAGUUCAAGCAUGGCGCCAAGCACGGCCUUGGUUGUUACCAUUUUAGGAAUGGAGAUAGAUAUGCAGGGGAGUACUUUGGGGACAAAAUACAUGGGUUUGGUGCAUAUCACUUUGCCAAUGGGCAUUGUUAUGAAGGGUCAUGGCAUGAAGGGCAGAAGCAAGGCUUCGGAAUGUACACGUUCCGAAACAUCGAGAGUCGAUGUGGUGAAUGGGAUGCAGGCCAUCUCAAGAACCCUCUUCCCUCUCUUACUGAUUUAGUCCUUGGAGCAGUUCAGGCUGCUCGGAAGACGGCACAGAAUGCAAUUAAGAUCGAGCCAGUGGAUGAGGAGGUGAACAAGGCAGUAGUAGCGGCUAACAGAGCGGCCAAUGCUGCUAGAGUUGCUGCAGUGAAAGCUGUUCAAAACAGAAUGUAAGGGGAGUUUUGUGAUAUAGGCGUUUAAACAACCAAAAAAAAAAAAAAAGAAAGUGUAAAGUUUGGCUAAUUUUGAGUACUUUGUGGAGGAAACAACAACACAACCCUGCUGAGCAAAAAGUUCAUCAGAGGUUGAGGGGAGCUUUUUAUUAGUUUUUUUCUUUUCUUUCUUUUUUAGGUUUUUUCAUGGUGGUCACAAUCUAACAUGUAUAUACUUCCUUGUAUAUCAAUGCAAGCUUCAUCUUUCAUCAA